AUGCGUUGCUGUUCAUCUGGGUUGUCCAACGCAUGCGGCGUACUCCACCAGUGGCGGGUGCCGAUUGCUGAGCCCGCGAAGACCCUGCCGGGCACCAAGCCAGCUGGUGGGGAUGAUGGAUGCGAGGAGCUGCUGGGUGGUCGUGCAGCACCUCGCGCUCGGCUGGCGGUUCGCAUGCUGUCGCGUCCAGCGCCAGCUCCAGACGCGCCCUGGCGACCUCCAGGCAGCGGCCCUUUGCGCGUUCCAUUUGAUUCCAUCAUCCAUUUUAGGGCGUCAUUUAGCGGGAGACGCCCAGACCCGGCGCCGUUUCAUGGUUAG